AUGAAAACAGAAACUAGAACGAAGCAAAGCAUCGGUAGGAUAACAUUUUAGAAUAUGAUCUUUUAAUAAUAAACUAGAUAUUGAUUUUCCUUUAAAUAACUUCUGACUUGUUACUUGAGUUUGUUGAAAACAGGUUCAAAAUUUAAAUGCUAAAUGUUUAUAGAAUUCUGUUUAGUCUAAUUGAUAAUUGUCAUAAAUAUUGAAAUUUCAGGCUGCUGAUAUAUUUAAUUUUCCAAUUUGUUUUAUUAAUAUAAAAUCCAGUAUUUAAUAUAUAACAUAAAAAUGAAAUUAAGAAAAUUCUAACCUUAAAAUUGAAUUUUCAUAAUACACAUAAAGUAAAUUAUUAUUUAUCAUUUUUAAAUUAUUAAUGUAUAAUAUUUUAUGUAUGUAAUGUAUAAUAUUUUAUGUAAUGUAUACAGUCAAUUUUAUACAAUAGUACUUUAUUAAUGUAAAUUAAUAUAAUUUUAUAUGAUUUUAUGUAAUUUUUGUACCUUGUUAAUAUAAAUAUAAUUUUAUGUGAUCUCAAAGAAAAUUUUAAACGACAAUUUAGUCUAAUUUUUAAAUUAAUAAUUGCUAUUUUUUUAUCAUUAAAUAGAUAUAACUAUUUUACUUAUGCUUUACUAUAUUUGAAUUCCAAAAAUUAUGUAAAAUGUAUUGUGAAAAAUAUAUUGUAAAAACUUUGAUGAAUAUUUUAAUUUAAUUUAAUUUAAUCAAAAAGUCUUGGUUUGUACAUGUUAAUAAAAUUUUAAAUAUAUUUUCAGAUUCCCCCGAGGGGGUAUCAGCGAAGCAAUCAAUCUUAACAGUUGGUGUGAUCUUUAUUACCUCAUUAUCAGCAUUACUUUAUGUUUAUACUACUUUUCCGGAACUUGCAGAAGAUGAACGACAAUAUAUGAAAUUACCAUUACAUAUUGAAGAAGCUAAAAAUUUAGGUAAACUUCUUGGACGAUAUAAAGAUCUUUAUUAUUUUCAAGUGCUCGCUGGAUUUUUACAAACAUUUGCUAUUCCAGGUUCUAUUUUCCUUUCAAUCCUUUCUGGUUUUCUUUUCCCCUUUCCUUUAGCCUGGUUAUUAGUAUGCACCUGCAGUGCAGUAGGAGCAUCAUUGUGCUAUUUUCUUUCAUCACUUUUGGGACGUAAAUUACUUUUUAAAUAUUUCCCAGAAAAAGCAAGAAAAUGGUCGUUAACAGUAAAGGAGAACGAAAAUAAUCUUUUCAAUUACAUGCUAUUUCUUCGAAUAACUCCAUUACUCCCAAAUUGGUUUAUAAAUUUAGCCAGUCCUGUAAUUGGAGUUCCUCUUGCACCAUUUGCUCUAGGCACUUUCUUUGGAGUUGCUCCACCAUCUUUUAUUGCCAUUCAAGCAGGUAAAACAUUGCAAAAUUUAACGUCAUCUACUGACGCAUGGUCAUGGAAUAGUAUUAUAGUAUUAUGUAUAUGUGCUAUAUUACCAUUAGUGCCUAUUAUAUUUAAACAAAAAGUACAACAAAAGUAUGAUUAAACUUUAGAAAAGAAUUUUAAACAAAAAUUUAUUUAUUUAAAAAAAUAUAUUUAGUAUUUAA